UAUUCGACAAAAUGGCGUCUGUUGAAAACAAACUACGAGUAUUGCUGGCGGAUUUGGAAAUCACACAACAUUUAUUGCAGAUAUUCGAUGAGUGUGGAAUCGAUUUUCACGAUUUGCUGAGUAUUACGGCCGAUAAAUUCCGUGCAUCGUUGGAACCAACAAAAAUAAAUUGGAAAUAUCCGGUACUGCAACAGUUGGUGUCUUCCUGGAGAACGCGAAACGAAUCUCAAAUUGCUGAUUUUCUGAAAUCCUUGGAGCAACCAUACCGCCUUCGGCUUACCGGUGAGGUGAGCAUCAUUCCGUUUACGUCUACUGCUGUAUCAUCAGACACCACGACCAUCACAACCCAUCAGUUUGCUACGAACGGACCGGCAUGUGAAUUCGAUUCAGACGUUCCAAUUUCCUCAAAUUCAUUUGUCGGGACACCAGCAUUUAUUCCAACGCAAAAUGUAAACAAUACGGACGAUAAUUUUACUACUACUUCAGUCACCGGAAGUUCAACUUCCAUGCCACCAGAGUAUGUACUAACGCCAUCCACUGUUCAUGUAAAAGCUGCAGCAGCUGCUGAUUCCAAGGCUGUCAAAACUACGGACGCAUACUCCCUGAUCAAAACAACUUUACCGCUCCAGACAAGCAACCACUAUGAUGUUAAGAAAGCUGCAGCAUCCGAAGAAAAUGAGCUCCGAAAGCUAACUGAACUCGAAUCGAUAGUCAUUGGUUUACCAGAAUCGUUGGAAAUAACUUACACGAAGCCGGAUGAUCCGCCUGCGGUUGAGUUGAAUACUGCUCCGCCGUUGUUUGCGCCUAUCAACACUACAAGUCAAUACUACUUUGUCGGUGAGCAGAUAUAUAAAGUUGAAGCAAGAAACGAAUCCGACCCGGACUAUACAGCGGCAUCCACUUCAGCUAGAAACGGAAGCGAUUAUACGGCGGUAUCCAUUUCAGCGAGCGGUAGCUCCGAAUGCACAGCACCGGUCUAUGUCGUAAAUUCUCCUGAUAGUGCGAAUGUAACAGAUGGUACUUGUGAUACAAACGAUAGUAUUACAUCCAUUUCUGGAAAUGAGUCUAAUGUGCCCAAUGAAUCUAGCCUUGGCAUUUGCCAGCCGACAGAAGAUGGGAAAAGCUUGAAUGAAGCAGAGCAAUGUCAACAAAAAGUCCUCUUCAAUCAAUUGUACUAUCUAAUGCCAUUGGUUCUUCAAAGACGAUUUCUAACAAUAAUGAUAAUCUACCACACGAGUGCAAUGUGUUUUCAACGAAAACCUUGGAACAGUUGCUGAAACGCUCCGAAGAAGGAAAGGAAAUUUUGCAGUACGGAAUCAAAUCUGAGCUUUCGGAAGCGAAGCAGUUAGAACUCUCUAGUAUUAUCGCCAAACAUCAUUUGAGUACGAGAAGUAAGCUACUAACCGAAGACCUCCGAACAUACGCCUUGGCAGUGACAACUCUAUUCAAGUUUGAGCGAUUGGAAAACUACUUCAUCUCAAGAAGCGGUGAUAGAAAGAACCAUGGCGGAAAAAUAGCCAACAAGAUUGGCAAUUUAAAGCAGAGAAGAAGGAAGCGAGAAACUAAAGAAAACGAAUACCAAGCAACAAAACAGUCUGCUAACGAUUGCCAGCCACCUCGGAACGCAGAAGCAGAGGAAGCAGCUGAAUGGUUGCUGUUGAACACUGAUCCAUGGUCUGUUGUUCUAGAAAGAUGGAAAAUCAGCUACGAAGCACGAAAGGAUGAUUUAUUAUCCCAAAAGCGUAUCACCAGAAUUCUUACGACAUAUCCGCAAUACAGAUGCCCACAUGGUUUCCAACUGAUCGACAUUGAUUUCCAAAAAUGUUUUCCUAAAGCUGAAAACGGAUUAAAGAAACUGCAAUUUUUGGUGCCACUGAUCACGGAAUACAUUUCAAAGAAAGCUGUCGACCCAUCUGCGGUAUCGUUGCUUGAGGGACUGACUACUGAUAACGCAAGUAUUGAUAAGAAAAUUUGCAUACUUUUGCUAGCGCUGAACACUGUGCUUCCACCUAUUGCGGUUGCAUCACGUUUUAAGCCUACCAUACUCGUAGGACAACAGGAUACGCUGAUUUUUGUCGACUCUAAAGACCAAGCCCGAUCGAAAAUACAAGAUGUUUAUCGGAACUAUGAAGAUUUGAAUUUACCAAUUGUACCUAAAUUGAUUGUGGUUGGUAAUAGCUUGGACCAGCUCCAAGGAACAUUUUUGGUCGUGUAUGGUGAUAUUUUCUAUGAGCUCCACUCAGUGUCCAGAUCCAUUGACGUUCUAAUCAAACUUACUGCUGUACUUGGACUUCCUUAUUCGAGAAUUUCGAAAUUGGUGUGGCAUUUCGUCAGUGGAUAUGUAUAUGGCAUAGAGCAGCAAGAAUCCUACGCGUCUAUCAACAAAUUGCAAGUUUAUCUUGACAAUAAAAGGAGCGGACAAUAAAUCCUUAACAUGAAUCAGAUCAGCUGUAUGAUACCUGAAUGUACGAUCCUUUCCUCAACGACGAGCGAGUAUCUAACCCAUCUAAAGGAAUAUCAUCGUGUCCCGUCUAUUCAUCAAUAUAAAUGCACAAUUGCCGGAUGCCAACAAAUUUUUUCUAAAGUGUA